CCGUGUCUCUCAUGCUCCUGAUUCUUAAUGGGUUCCUCCAAAUUUUCUUUCUUUUUAUUCGAUUCUAUCUCCAAAAUAUAUGAGGUUGCUUCGGAUGGUUAAUGAGUUAUUGAGUUUUCCCCUCGUGUUUGUUUCUUCCUUCAUCCAUUUCUGACAUUCAGGUUUCAUCGUUCAGUCGUGUUCUGGGUCGCGUUCGCUCUGGUUUUGUCGAUUCAAUUCUAUAAACCAAGUUGUUUUGAAUCUUUGAUCUGUACCUCAAAGUGUUUUCUCAAGUUUUAAUAAUGGUUCUGCCUUUAAGAAGUCCUCUACUGAUUUACCUGUGGUGAAUUUGAUUCUUAACUGGUUUCUAUGCACCUGCAAAUAGAAAACAUGUUUUUUUUUUUUUUUCCUUUUGUUUAUUUGAUUUCGGAUUUCUUGCUGCGUCUCAUAUGCGACCAUUUCAAUGGUUUGGAGAUUGCUUAUUGAGUUUCUUGUUUUAUCAAACUCUUAUCAUGUUGCUUUUUACGCCGCGGACUUCAAUUGGAGCUGAUUUCAUUUGCGGGUGACAUUUUGUCUAUAUUAUUUAUUCCGUUUUGGAAUAACAACAACACUUUUCCAAAUGAUCUGUAACGUUGUGACUUGUGUCCUUUAACAAAACUUUUGCUUGUAUUUUAUUGACGAACUAUUUUAUACUCCUAUACUUUUCUCUCUAUAUAUUACUUUAUAUGUCGGGGUUGGAGUGUUUGUGCAUUUAAAGGUUAAUAUAUAUAUUUAUUUAUAUAUGAUUUGUCUUAACUUUCAUUAAUUUCUAUAAGUUUUGGAUUCUUGUUCAGUGAUCAGAUUCUACCGCUUUUUUUAGUUAUUUUUCCUAUAAGAUUUGUAUGCUUAUACUCGCAGAUUGUUCAUUCUGUUAUCCUCUUAUUUCUAAGAAGAGGAGGAAUGAACUUACCUCAGUACAAGAAGAUGAUGCCUCCUAUCAGAGCACAGAGGAUUUAAAAUCUCCCUCAGCAUCUUCAGGCGUCCUUGAGGAUCCUAAGACUCCCUCUGCAGAAAGAGAGACUUCUUUACUCAAAUCUGCUAAAAAUGGAGAACAGAGUGAGACAAGCAAUUCAGAAGACAAAACUCCGAAAAAACCUGACAAGAUACUUCCAUGCCCAAGAUGCAAUAGCAUGGACACCAAAUUCUGUUAUUUUAACAACUACAAUGUCAAUCAACCCCGUCAUUUCUGUAAGAACUGCCAGAGAUACUGGACUGCUGGAGGAACCAUGAGAAAUGUGCCUGUAGGCGCAGGUCGUCGCAAGAACAAAAACUCUUCAGCCUCACAGUAUCGUCAAAUAAUGGUUCCGAAGACCCUUCAGAUUGCCAAAGAAAACUCUACCAAUGGAUUGCACAAUGCUGUUUUAGGAAAUAGAGCGGCUGUCUUGACCUUUGGAACAGAUUCUCCUCUUUGUGAUUCCAUGGUUUCUGUGUUAAACCUUGCAGAGAAUACACAGAAUGGUGUUCUAAAUGGGUUUCAUUUACCCGAGCAAAAUAAUUUUGUCUCUUAUGGUAGAGAAGAUAAUGGGAAUGAUCAAUCCGUUGGAGCUUCUGGCACAGCUUCAACUUCUUCAGAGAGGAAAAGCAACACUGCUUCACAAGAACCUGUAAAUAACAUUAGUCAUGGUUUCCCUCCUCAAUUGCCUUGCUUCCCAGGUUCCUCGUGGCCUUAUCAAUGGAACUCAGCGCAGUGGAGUUCUCCUGUCCCUCCUCCCGGAUUAUGUCCUCAAGGCUAUCCGGCAUCAUUCUAUCCCAAUCCUAUUUAUUGGGGUUGUACUUUACCAGCUUCAUGGAACAUACCUUCCAUAUCUGCACAAUCAUCUUCUGUUGGCCAAUCAGCCCCUAGCUCUGGCCCUAAUUCACCGUCUCUGGGAAAACACUCGAGGGAAGGGAACAUUAUCAAUCAAGUCAACUCACCAAAAGAAAAUCCUAAUAUGGAGAGUGGCAAUUCAGAAAGCAGUGUCUUGAUUCCAAAGACGUUACGAGUUGAUGAUCCCAAUGAAGCUGCAAAGAGUUCUAUAUGGUCAGCAUUAGGGAUGAAGGAUGAGAAGGCCACUUCCCUGAAUGGAGGAGGCCUUUUCAAGGCAUUUCCUGCGAAGAGGGAUGUCAAGAACCACGUGGUUGAACCAUCACUGGUGUUGCAAGCCAACCCGGCGGCUUUAUCACGAUCUCUUACCUUCCAUGAGCAGACUUAACGGAAAAGCUACAUCAGAUUCCCGAUGAGGUCUCUUUGAAACGAAAGUGAAGAUUAUUCCAGUGCAAGUCCAUGCUGCUAACAAGUUCUUGCAUUUUCCCACAGGAAAUUUUUGCUGACCUACCUCUUUACUGCAUUCCUAGGAACAGAACCAUAGCUUAGCUUCUCCAGCUGCAAUGUUGAGCCUGUCAUAGUGAACGGGUAUGGUUUUGCUGCAGAUUUAGAUGAUCUGUUAGUAAAUAUAUGUACAUACACAUGUGAAAUGAGGAAAAUAAUUCGGGAACAAGAGAGAGGAAAAGAAAAGGAGAUUCUUAAACUGAAAUCUGUCUUGAAAUAAACUUGUAAUGUUUCUU